AGGCAAUUUUGAACAUAAAUACCUAAUUUUAGCUAUUUUCAUUAAUAUGUGAUCCUUUAAUCGUAUAAAAGGAUUUCAGGUUCACUAUAACCCCAUGGUUCAUUAGGGAGUAUUAAUUUAGGAGAAGAAGCUGGGCUUUUGAAUCAUUUCCUUCCUUUAGGAUGAAGAGGAAGAAGUAGACCCAACAAUGUCACCGGCCUACCAGUUCAGAAAACGAAUAACAAGGCGAAGGCGACUUGGACCAGAUUCCUUGACCGAAACUCUUAAAAAAUGGACAGAACUCAACAAACAACUCGAUUCAUCAAACGGCGACCGAGUCCACAAGGUUCCUGCCAAGGGCUCGAGAAAAGGGUGCAUGAGAGGUAAAGGUGGCCCGGAGAACUCAAAAUGCAGCUACCGCGGCGUCAGACAACGCACUUGGGGCAAAUGGGUUGCCGAGAUCCGAGAGCCGAAUCGAGGAAAGAGACUAUGGCUCGGCACCUUCCCCACCGCCCUCAUGGCAGCUCAUGCCUAUGAUCAGGCUGCAACAGCAAUGUACGGCCCCGCCGCCCGUCUCAACUUCCCUACCAAUCAAACCGCCGCCUCCCCGUCGGAAUCUUACGGUUCGACCAUCACGACCACCAACUAUUCAAUCGGUUCGGCGGACCUGAUGGAUUGUGCUAAAAGGGAGGAAAAUGUGGAGUUGGCUGAGUGGCUAAAUCUGGCAGGGGAUCUCUCAUCUGAGAAUUUUGAUGUGGAUGAGCUGUUGAGGAUGAUGGAUGCUGAUCCAGGGAACAAUGGAUUAAGUACAGAAGCUGCGCAGAAUCUGGACGGGGAAAUGCUGCGAGGAUUGGAAAAUCAGAACUAUUUUAUAUGGCCAACGAGGCAGGAGCUUGAUUACUGGCCUGCUGGAAACCCGGAAUUUUUUGAACCUGGGUUCAGUGAUGGAGUCCUUUUCUGAAUUUUCAGUGUGUUUUAAUCAGUUGUGUAUCUAAUUAAUUCAUUUUUUUUAUUCUAUGUCUACUGCUGUACAUGUAUGUGUAUAUGUGUAUAAACAGUAAAAAUGUAUAUGAUCAGCUUAGAAGCUGCAGGGAGAGGUUUCAGCAGUGUUUUUUGUUCAUUUUUUUUCUUUUCUUAUGUUUAGAGACGUUACUAUUGGAGGUUGGUUUGCAAUCAGCCAUAUCUUUCAGAAGUUUGGUGCACUAAUAGUUCGUGGGGAGUGUGUCGAAU